UUUUUAUUUAUUAUUUAAUCAAAAAAGUCAAAGAUUCUUUACAAAAAAGUGGGACCCUUUCUCCACUCAACUAAUAAAAAUACAUUUUUUCUUAAAACCCGUGUUUUUUCAUAUAGGCCUUUAAUUGGUGGACGGAGGGAGUAGAAAGUUGUAUCCUUGGGGACAAGAAACCAGAAAAUCGAAACCGAACUCUGGUAAAUUACAUUUAUACCCUUGUCUUCUACUGAAAUACGCGCCAAGAUACACGAGCAAAUAUCAGCACAAGGUCGGCAUUGCAGUCAAAGGCUACAUAAAACUUUGAAAUUUCUCAAAGCCCAUCGUAUCCACACACACACACCAACACGCGAAUGUGUGUGUAUCAGUAAAGUAAUGAAGAACGUCGUGAGUCAGAAAAAGAUAUACAAACAAAUCCAUCUUGACGAAUUAAAUAAACCACAGUAGUACAUAAACAAAACAUAAUCUAAUCAACAAAAAGAAGUAAAGUGGAUAUAAACAUCAUUAAACAAAUGGGUCCACUGAAAACCUCCGAGCAGCAGAGGUUUGGUGACGAUAAUCAUAGUGGUUUUACCUGAAAAAAAAAAGAUUUGAUCUUUUUAUUAAAAAAACUGAAAGAAAUUCACCCAACUACAAGAAGGUGAGGGAGAAUUUUCCCUCCUUUCACGAAAUGCGAAGUCCCACCGACUUCACUGUACUGCAAAACCAUCAUUUCUGUGUCUAGUUUUUAGAGAUAGUGGUUUUGGAAUAUGGCACCUUAUUUUGCAUAUAUAAAUAGGCCUUCUUGGCUUUCCAUUCUCCACCAUCACACCUAAAACUCUUUCAUUUGCUCGUCCAAUCGUGUCCCAUUUGUUACGUCUCUUUGUUUUUUCCCCCAAAUAAUUUUCUCCUUUUUCUCCCCAUUGGUUCAUUGAUCCUGAGCUCCGAUUGGCUCUUUUCGCUCAUUUUUCCUGUUGCGUAAGGUAAGAAAAAGGGGAAAAAGUCUCCACAUUUUAUUUUAUUUUUUCUUUUACUGCACUGAAGAGAAGGAUGCAAUUUUUUCGGUGCGCAAAUAUAUUUUUGCUUAAGAAACUACUUUUACUGCAGUAACCUUGCAUAAAGUUGUAAGUGAUGAACAAAAUGAAAUCUUGCUGCUCUAACUUAAUUUUGUUAACUUAUAUCUUAUCGUCUUCUAAAAUGGGCAGUGAUUCUCUUUCUCUUACUUUCUCCAAUUACUACCUCAACUCUCUGCAACAAGAUUUUGUUAUUUCUAAAAGUGUGCGAUUAUGAUAAAUCCGGUUUUCAGUAUUAAGCUAUAGGUAAAAUCUUAUCUAGAGGCAGUUAAGGAUGUUGAUUUUCUUGCCAUAAGACUUAUAGGUAAUAGUGGAUAUGAAUUAAAUUCAGAGUGUAAAGUUCUUGUUACGCACGCAUACACUUUCCGUAUUCGAUUUCGUAAAGGCCUUAUAAAUUGGAGCAUGUGGAUUAGCCAUGGACAUUCAAGGUGUUAGUUGAAAUAUCUGCAAUGGCGGAACGUGUUCUGACCCGCGUCCACAGCCUCCGCGAGCGCCUGGACGCCACGCUCGCUGCUCACCGCAACGAGAUCCUGCUGUUUCUAUCGAGGAUUGAAGCUCAUGGUAAAGGGAUUCUGAAGCCUCAUGAGCUUCUGGCUGAGUUCGAUGCGAUCUGCCCCGCGGACAAGGCGAAGCUGCAGGAUCACGCCUUCAAAGAUGUGCUGAAGAGCACGCAGGAGGCGAUCGUGCAGCCGCCGUGGGUGGCUCUGGCGAUCCGGCUGCGGCCCGGCGUGUGGGAGUACGUCCGUGUGAAUGUGAAGGCACUGGUUGUGGAGGAGCUCAGUGUGUCCGACUAUCUCCACUUCAAGGAGGAGCUUGUCAACGGAAUUGGUAAUGGAAACUUCGUGCUGGAGCUUGAUUUUGAGCCCUUCACGGCCUCCUUCCCGAAGCCUACGCUGACGAAAUCGAUUGGCAAUGGAGUGGAGUUCCUCAACAGGCAUCUCUCCGCCAAGAUGUUCCACGACAGGGACAGCAUGACCCCUCUGCUUGAUUUCCUCCGCAUGCACAACUACAAGGGGAAGACGAUAAUGGUGAACGACAGAAUAAAGAAUCUGAAUGCUCUGCAAAGUGUCCUGAGGAAGGCUGAGGAGUAUCUGUCGACCCUUGCUCCGGAGACGGCGUAUGAUGAGUUCGAGCACAAGUUUCAGGAGAUCGGACUGGAGAGAGGGUGGGGCGACACGGCAGAGCGCGUCUCCGAGAUGAUCUCCAUGCUCCUCGACCUCCUCGAGGCCCCUGAUUCCUGCACUCUCGAGAAGUUUCUCGGGAGGAUUCCUAUGGUUUUCAAUGUCGUCAUUCUCUCGCCUCACGGCUACUUUGCUCAAGAGAACGUCUUAGGCUACCCCGACACCGGUGGCCAGGUUGUCUACAUCUUGGAUCAAGUCCCGGCCUUGGAGCGCGAGAUGAUCAAACGGAUCAAGCAGCAAGGCCUCGACAUCACGCCUCGAAUCCUCAUUGUGACUCGAUUGCUCCCGGAUGCGGUCGGGACCACUUGCGGGCAGCGACUCGAGAAGGUGUUUGGAGCUGAGCAUUCGCAUAUUCUGCGAGUCCCCUUCAGAACAGAGAAGGGCAUUGUUCGCAAAUGGAUCUCUCGUUUCGAGGUGUGGCCCUACAUGGAGACCUUCACCGAGGAUGUCGCCAAAGAAAUGGCCGUGGAAUUGCAAGGCAAGCCGGAUUUGAUCAUCGGAAAUUACAGCGAGGGCAACCUCGCUGCCUCCUUGCUGGCUCACAAAUUAGGAGUCACACAGUGUACGAUUGCUCAUGCGUUGGAGAAAACAAAAUACCCUGAUUCCGAUAUCUACCUGAAGAAUUUCGAUGACAAGUAUCACUUUUCAUGCCAGUUUACUGCUGAUCUUUAUGCAAUGAAUCAUACCGAUUUCAUCAUCACCAGCACCUUCCAAGAGAUUGCUGGAAGCAAGGACACCGUGGGGCAAUACGAGAGUCACAUGGCGUUCACGAUGCCGGGAUUGUACCGUGUGGUCCAUGGCAUCAACGUGUUCGACCCCAAGUUCAACAUCGUCUCCCCCGGAGCUGACACGAGCGUCUACUUCCCCUACACGGACAAGGAGAGGAGGCUCACGGCCUUCCACCCCGAGAUUGAGGAGCUUCUCUUCAGCCAAGUUGAAAACGAGGAGCAUCUAUGUGUGCUGAAAGACAAGAAGAAGCCAAUCAUCUUCACCAUGGCAAGAUUGGACCGGGUGAAGAACCUAACCGGUCUAGUGGAGUUGUAUGCCAAGAGCCCGAAGCUGAGGGAGUUGGCCAAUCUUGUUGUAGUUGGUGGCGACAGGAGGAAGGAAUCGAAAGAUUUGGAGGAGCAGGCCGAGAUGAAGAAGAUGUACGAUCUGAUUGAGACCUACAAGCUCAACGGGCAGUUCAGGUGGAUCUCGUCCCAGAUGAACCGGGUGAGGAAUGGGGAGCUGUACCGCUGCAUUGCUGACACGAGGGGGACCUUCGUGCAGCCCGCCUUCUACGAGGCCUUUGGGCUGACAGUGGUGGAGGCCAUGACGUGUGGCCUCCCGACUUUUGCAACCCUGCACGGGGGUCCAGCUGAGAUCAUCGUGCACGGGAAGUCGGGUUUCCACAUUGACCCGUACAACGGGGAGCAGGUGGCGGAGACGCUAGUGGCCUUCUUCGACAAGUGCAAGAAGGAGCCGGAGCACUGGGACGCCAUCUCCGCGGGUGGCCUUCAGAGAAUCGAGGAGAAGUACACGUGGCAGAUAUAUUCGAGCAGGCUGCUGACGCUGGCGGGGGUUUACGGGUUCUGGAAGUACGUGUCGAAACUGGAUAGGCAGGAGAUUAGGCGCUACCUUGAGAUGUUCUAUGCCCUCAAGUAUCGCAAAUUGGCUGAAGCUGUUCCAAUGGCUGUUGAGUAAAUAUGGCGGGAGUUUGAUAAAUAAAGAAGCAGCAACUCUGCUCAGCUCACAUUUUGCUGCUACAAACGGAUUGUGCUGUUUUUUUGUUUUAUGAUUUGGAUGUGUAUCAUUGGGGCUAUUGACCCUCUCCAUUUCUAAUUUUCUUUUUUGGUUUGAGGUGUAAUUUCGACAUUCUUCGGAUGUCAGUAUAUUAAAUAAACUUUUUGAUUUUUUUCUCUGCGA